CAUAAAGCGUGACAUAAACGUAUAUAAAUAGAACAGCUACGGUUCUGCACUUUCUCACUUUCUUUUUUCAGUUAAAAACAAAACGCAGGGUCCUCAACAAUGGUGGCGACGCUUCUAAAAUCCUAAAACCCUAACCCUAAAACCCCUUUAUCCCCAAUCUUCAACACAAUCGAUCGAUCUCUACGAGCCACGACGCCAUGAACAUCGAUCACGAUCAACCUCACACAACAACGAAGGCCCAGGCGCUUCAGACCCUAACUGCGGGACCUCUCUCCUCGUCGGUGGCAAAGCUCGCCGCGUCUUCGCGGUGCAUCCCUUCCGAUAAGGACUUCCAUUUCUACCGCAACUUCGAGGAAUUCAAGGUCCCUCUCGAUGAAAUCGCGCGUGAAUCUCAGUCGAUGCUGGAAGCCAUCGGCGCCUCCGCGCAUGUCUGGGGCGGAAGGGAAUCGGCGGCGGGGGAAGCAUUCCCUUCCGAUGUUGAUGAUGCGUAUGACUGGCUGGUGAACGUGAACGACGACGUUUUGGAGCGGUUCGACUCGUCUGUGGACGAGUUCCGGAGGGUUCGGGCGGAGGAAGAGGAAACGGGUCGUCCGGCGAAGUCUUCAAUGGAGGAAGAUGGGUUUCAGUUGGUUUGUGGGAGGAAGAAGAAAGGGGGAAGAGGGAAAGUGACAAUGGAUUCGGAGACAAGUUCACCGGCACCUGGAGUUAAGGUGGCAAUGAAGGAUAAGAAGACGAUGGGGCCGAAGCCGAAGGUGCCGUUUCAUAUACCAACGAUUAGGAGGCCGCAGGAUGAGUAUAACAUACUUGUUAAUAAUGCGAACCUACCUUUUGAGCAUGUUUGGUUGCAGAGGAGUGAUGAUGGUCUGAGAUUUAUUCAUCCACUGGAAAAGCUCUCUGUUAUGGAUUUUGUUGAUAGAGGCCUUGAAGAUGUUGUGCCAGUGAAGCCUUCCUCAACAGAAAGCAGCACUUUUAAGCUUGUGGAGGAAGUCAAAGAUUUGAAGGAGUUGGCUGCUAAGCUGCGUUCUGUUGAUGAAUUUGCGGUUGAUUUGGAACAUAAUCAAUAUCGGUCAUUCCAAGGUUUAACUUGCCUGAUGCAAAUCUCAACACGGACUGAAGAUUUUGUUGUUGACACUUUGAAGCUUCGCAUUCAUAUUGGUCCCUAUCUGAGGGAAGUGUUCAAGGACCCUGUGAAGAGGAAGGUCAUGCAUGGUGCAGAUCGAGAUAUUGUGUGGCUUCAACGAGACUUUGGCAUUUACAUUUGUAAUUUGUUUGACACUGGCCAGGCUUCAAAGGUGUUAAAAUUGGAAAGAAAUAGUUUGGAACAUCUUCUGCAUCAUUUUUGUGAGGUCACUGCAAACAAAGAAUACCAGAAUGCAGAUUGGAGACUACGUCCUCUUCCUGAUGAGAUGCUAAGAUAUGCCAGAGAAGAUACACACUAUCUGCUGUAUAUAUAUGAUUUAAUGAGGAUUAAGUUAUUUUCCUUGCCUAAGGAUUCUGAAAGUUCUGAUACUCCUCUGGUGGAGGUCUACAAACGCAGUUAUGAUGUCUGCAUGCAGCUAUAUGAGAAAGAACUUCUGACAGAGAACUCCUACCUUCAUAUAUACGGGUUGCAAGGGGCCGGUUUUAAUGCUCAGCAGCUUGCCAUUGUUUCAGGGCUUUGUGAAUGGCGGGACAUUGUUGCUCGUGCCGAGGAUGAAAGUACUGGAUAUGUAUUGCCCAAUAAAUCUGUUCUUGAAAUUGCUAAGCAGAUGCCUCUCACUACAAACAAGCUGCGGCGGUUGGUGAAGUCAAAGCACCCUUAUGUUGAACACAAUCUUGACACUGUUGUCAGCAUCAUUAGGCAUUCAAUUCAGAAUGCUGCUGCCUUUGAAGAAGCUGCUCAACAAUUGAAAGGAGGGCAUGCCGCUACUGCAUCAGAUGUAGUACCUGUUACAGAUGGAAUUGAAGAUCCCCUACACCAUGCACAAAAUUCAAAGGAAUCUUUUCAGCAUCAAGAUACAAAUGUACUAUUAAAUAUUAAGUCCAAUAGUCUCACAUCUGAGUUUCCAAGGGACAUUCUCACAAUUCCAGAGCAGAACAAGGAUGCAAAUGUUGGUGCACUCUCUACAGAAAAGGGAAAUGGAGCAACUGUUCAAGUUCUAAAAAAGCCUACUGGUGCUUUUGGGGCCCUACUGGGGAAUUCGGCUUCAAAAAGGAAGCUUGGUUCUGGUAAGGCCAAGGAAGAGAUCAAGUUAGAGCAGAUUAAAUCUUCAGUCAGUCUUCCUUUCCAUUAUUUUUCGGGUAGCAGUGAAAAAUCAAAACCUGUAGCAGAAACUCCUAGUGUAGCAUCUGAAAUGUCAGACCCACAGAAACCUGUUUCUCAUCCAGUUUCCACCUCCACUCUAGAGGAGAUUAUUAUGCUAGAGCCUGAUACAGGUGCAGAGGAUAUGGAGCAGAAUGACCCAGAAAACUCCAAUGAGCGAAGGGACAAAAAUUCUGUUGUGUCUACUUCGGGAAAAGAUGAUGAAAAUGAGCCAAUGUCUCUCUCGCAAUUGUCAUCAAACUUUCAGAAGUGCUUUCAGGCAAACAAUCAAAGUAACAAAACCAGAGAGCCCAAGAAAACUGAACAACCCAGUGGCUUAUUGCAGCUGAAACCAUUUGAUUAUGAAGCAGCAAGGAAACACGUUAAGUUUGGAGAAAAUACAAAGCAUGCAUCUUUGGAGAGUAAUGAUGGGGAUGUGGAGAAAGAUGGCUCAGGUAGCAAGAAGCGUUCAACAAAAGGACAGGAUCAAACUAGUGAUCUGACUAUACAAUUGCCGCAAGGUAGAAGACGUCAAGCAUUUCCAGCUUCUGGGAAUCGUAGUGCAACAUUCCGCUGAAAAUAGAUGCGAAGUAGAUUAAGUUUACAAAAUGAUUGCAUUGAAAAUUCUCAUCAAGUAGAUCAAGUUUAUAAAAUUUUGUAAAAUUUAAAAAUUAAUUCAUAUUUCAUUCUCAAUUCAAUUUUAACAUAUAUA